GUUUUCUUUGGUUUGGCUGUAGGCAAGAUGUUCUUUACGCACAAGCUAAACGGCAUUUGCGCGCAAACAUGCGGAUACGUGAUCGUCAGUUGUUUGUUGGGAGUCUACUUCGUUAUGUAGAGAAACAAGGUUUGUUUGGUGUGUAAAUGGGUGUCAACCAUGGGCAAAUUCCCCGGCAAGCCAUCAAAAACGUCGACGCGGAAGCGAAUUAAAGUGUCGGAGUGUGUAACGGAACUAGUGAACGAGUCAGUCAGGGCCGCUCAAGUGAUAUAUUAUGGCCUUACUGUGUUUAACGAGACGUUUGGAAACGAGGAGCAGGUUAUUGACUUUCGUGGAUUCACACAUCAACAAGUCAAGGAAGCAGUAGAAAAUGCGAGGAACUUCCAUAAAAGAAGAAAGUCAACUGAUGGUGAAAACAAAGAUACUGCUAAUUUUAUUAAUAAAUUUGAAAGUGAUCUAAAGGAGGUUGGGUUUAGUGCAAAGUGCUGUGAUGGGCAAGGGAAAUCGGAUUCAGAUAGCCUUGUGGUUGAUAGUGAAAAAUGUUUUGAUGGUGGUGGCAGAAGAAAUUCAGUGAUUGCCGUUAGACGUAUGAAACGAAUGAGGAAGUAUGACGGCAGGACGAGGAAUCCACCCUCUGUGAAGAAUGUGAUGGCAAGGAAACUAUUGCGUAGGGCAAAGAAAACAUCUAGUACAACUCCAUUGGCUGUCGAUAAUUGCCAGCAAGAAAAGGGCGCAUCAGGUGCAUCUCGAAAGUUUGUGCUUCCUAGUCACAGCGCUCAUUCUUCUCGUGUGAUAAAACCUAAUAAGAAAUUUAUAGAUAACGACGCUGUUACUUCUGAAACCUCGACUGGUUUAUCUCCUCCAGUAGAUCUUAAGAAAUCCAAGAGUGUGUCUAGUGAGUCUCUGAAUUCGGACAUUCCACAAUCGGAUAAGUGUUUGAGUACAGUGGAAAACAAACAGUCAGAUUCAAGUGAUGUCAAAAAAACCUUGUGCAACCUUCGAACUGCGAAUGCGAGAAGGGAAAGUGCAUCCGGAAAUACUGUAGAUUCCUCAGGCCUUAUAUUGGAAGGAAAGCGCAAGUGGAAACCUUCAUAUAAACUAGGUCUGCAGUUGAACUGGUACGGUAGUACAGCUGAUGGUGAUGAUACUGGCAGAAGAAGAGUGAAACAAGAUGAUAAAACCGAAAGCUCUGCACGUUGUCCAGAAAAAACCGCCUCCCCUUCCUCUACAACAAUCAGUGCCAGUGUAGCCGAUUUUGAAAUUCGAAGUGAUGAAAAACAAAGUAGUACUUUUUCUAAGUCGCCAGGUAAAGUGAUUUUACGGCAGGCACGUCUGAAGCUCAACACACAAUCGUCAUCUUCUAAUGACGGUCCAUUCAGUCAUGGCUAUGGUGCAGGUGGAGCACAUUUACCAGAAACUGUGGAAUGUGGGGUCUGUGGUGCUGUUAGAUUUUAUCGAUUUGUAAAACAGGCCCGGAAAUUUGGAAUAUUCAGUUGUGAGUCCUGUCGAAAGUUCAUUUCUAAGAUGAUCAAGAGACAGUCCUCUCUGAAAGGAAGUUCAUCACCUUUGGAAUGUCACAAAGGCAAAGGAAUGUGUUCUGUCCCGCCAAUUGUCAGAAGCCAACAGUGGAAAGCUGGUCGUGGUACACUGGUCAGGUGUAACUACAAAGCUCGUUGCCCUGCUUGUUGGUUGAAAAUGUGUCUGAGGUCUUUCAAGAUGCCUGAAGACAUCCGUGGGAGGCUGCAGUCUCUUCUACCACGUGCAAUGCAGGAUAGCUUGGAAACUAUUUCUGGUCAGCUGCUGUUGAAUCCAGAGGAAACUGCAUUACCAAUUGCAGAAAGAAGAAGUGAAUCAGACUACACCAGCAAAAGACUUAGGAGAAGACUGAAACUGCAACAUAAACAAACAUUGAGACUGCUCAGAAAGGAUGAUAAUGGCAAGCAAAGUGGAAAUACUAAAUUGAACACUUCAGUUACACAUUCGAGAAACAAUAUUAGAGUUUCUAAAUUCCUUAGAAGGGCAGCAAGUGGCUUAAACCAUACGGAAGAUGCAGCUGGUGAUACGAAUCGCAAAGUGAUCACACGCAAGCGAAAGAGAAGGAAGUAUUUGCUGAGGAGAAAGAAGUCGGAAACAACGAAUGAUAAGAUUAGCAGUGAGAAAUCUGCUCCCGAACAACGUCAACGAGUUGAUCUGAAAGGUCCUCGUGUGAAACAUGUUUGCCGAAGUGCUUCUAUUGUUCUGGGGCAACCUCAGGCAACAUUUCCAACAAUUAAGACUAGUGGUCAAUCAAAGAAGCGAGAUGCAGCUAAAGGAUUGGGCGUUCCACCACAUCAUCCUGAGCUACCUGCAACUGAAGAUGAUGGGAGAAAGUCAAACGAAAUACAGAAGAAUCAACCAACAGCAAAGUCAGGAGUAGAAGAAUCUGACUCUACAAAAUCAUCCACACAUGGAUCAUCGGGGAUACAAGAUGAUGUUCCUUCAUUAGUUUCAUCAACUUCUUGCAGAAAAGUGGACAAAUUUCUUUCAUCAAAUCAUUCAGUGACUAGGUUGCAUACCUUGCCUCCUGCUAUGGGGAAGGAUAGGUCACAGGAAUCUUCCCAUCAGAUGACCAUAGACUUUUGGGAGAGCUAUGACCCAGAUGAGGUUUGCAAUACAGGAUUUGCUUUAAUUGCGUCUGAACCAUUCCCAGUACGAGCAGUUUGUUUUCUUUGUGGAAGUGCUGGUCAAGAACAACUUAUUCACUGUGCCUCAUGUUGCGAGCCAUACCACAGAUUCUGCCUGGAAGACGGCCUUCGUGAUCCAAACAUAAAAGCGUUUGGUGGCACCUCACUGUCAAACUGGGUGUGUCAACGCUGCACGGUGUGUUCUGUGUGUGGUAAUGGGCAAGGACAGCAGCUCAGCUGUCAACGUUGCCAUCGCACUUACCAUACAGAUUGCCUGAGUGGUCGACGACUCCACAGUGCUGAUAGGCCAUGGGUAUGUUCAACAUGUCUCCGAUGCAAGAGCUGUGGUACUGAAAAUGUGACUAAUUUUGUGGGUAACAUUCCACUCUGUAAAGCAUGCUUUAAACUGCGACAGAAAGGGAACUAUUGCCCUUUGUGCCAGCGUUGUUAUGAAGAUCAUGAUUAUGAUACCAAGAUGAUGGAGUGCGUGAAAUGCAAUUGCUGGGUCCAUUCAAGAUGUGAAGGACUUUCAGAUGAAAAAUAUCAUAUACUCAGCUACCUUCCAGAUACUGUAGAGUUUAUUUGCAGGAAGUGUUGUGAGAAGCCUCCUGCUCCAUGGUGGUAUGCUGUUGAAGAAGAGAUGAAAGCAGGAUACCUAACUGUGCUGAAGUUACUGAGCAAAAAUCGUAAAGCUUAUUCAAUGCUCAGAUGCAGUCCAAAGAAACACUGUGAAUACCAUCCCAAUUUAAUAGAUGAUGAUAACAUAAAUACACAUUCGGAUCCCACUGCCAUUGGAAAUAUGUGCUUGGGUGAAAAGACUGACUCAAAUUGUGAAGACAACACAUUUCUAAGUAUUACAGAUCUGCACGUUGAAAAUGUAGAAUAUAGUGUGGAAGUAAAAACGACGUAUGAAGUUGAUGAUGACAACAAUGAAUUUUUGGCAGAUUCAAAACGUGAUAAUAUCUGUGCCAGAGAUCAGAGAUUGUCAAAUCGUGAAUAUAAUUUGCAUAAUAGCUGUUCAGAAGAAAAAUGUUUUCCUCACUCCCAAGGGCAAAAUGUUGUACCAUACCUGUCAGAAAACUCUCUUAGACUUUGGCGAGAGAAGUAUAACUUAAAAGAAUGUUCUGUUCGUGUAAAGGACUGUGUUUCCAAAGACUUGCAAAAUUCACUUUUCCCAGUUAAAGUUGAUGUUCAGUGUGCUGAAUUAUCUGAUACAUCUGCUUUCGAUACUACUAAAUCGCCUUCCAAAGUGCAUCAGGUUUCACUUGCGACACCUACAAGUGAUUCUGGCAUUAGCAGCACUGAUGAAGAAUUGAAAAUUUGUGGGGGAAAUGAUGCAGAGGAGCUGAAGGAACAUGCAUUAUCAUGUUUGGGUUUUGUAGCUUCCAGCCGUUUGCUGUCAUUAGAACAGUGUAGCAGCAGCAGCAGCAGGAGCUUUGAAAAUUUUACUGAGGCCAGUUCCAAGAAAUUGUGCAGUGACGAUGUACCAAAGGAUGAGUUCCUUGAAUGCAACUGUUUGGAAAAUUUGAAACACAAGUCAUCCUUAACAUUUCUGUCUGUAAAAAAUAAAGUAAAUUCCAGUGAGUACACAUCAGUUCUGCAGUUUCAUCAGGAAAUGGAAGACAUCUUAAAUAAAUCUCACUGCUCUGAUUUACUACAGCUAUAUUAUCAUAAUAUGCAGGAAGUUUUCCCAUGGUUUAACCCUAAAUUUGCACGUGUUUCAAAUAAUCCUGUUUCUGAACGUAACUCACAACCAAGUAAGAGGAGAAGAAUCAUUUCAGAAAAAUCUGGCAGUGAUGAUCAUAAUAGUUCAAUGGAAGUGUCAAUAUUGGAUGAUUCUUUUCAUGCUGUUCCUGAUAAAAUGUUAGGGAAAUCCUUGGAUGAUUUCUACAGCGGGUAUUCUGUCCAGGAUAAUAGAGUUUGUGUCCUUUGUAAAGGUGUUGGUGAUGGGUUGCCCGCUGAAGAAGGCAGACUUUUGUACUGUGGACAGAAUGAAUGGGCACACACAAACUGUGCUCUGUGGUCAGCAGAAGUGUUUGAGGAAAUUGAUGGAUCGCUACAGAAUGUUCACAGUGCAAUGUCUCGAGGCCGUCAGAUACGAUGUGAUCAUUGUGGAAAAAGAGGUGCAAGUGUAGGAUGUUGCACACGAAAUUGUCCAGAAACCUUCCAUUUCCCCUGUGCGAGGAAAGUGAAUUGCACUUUUAUGGAUGACAAAAAUGUUUUCUGCCCAUCGCAUGCAAAAGGUGCCACUGGUAAAGUUCUGCACAAUGAAUCAGAUUUUGAAAUAUGCCGCCCAAUUUAUGUGGAACUAGACCGUAAAAAGAAGAAGUUUGCUGAACCUAAAAAGGUUAGGUUAAUGAUUGGUUCACUUUCAGUUGAAAAUAUAGGAGAAUUUGUUAGUGAAGUUUCUGAUACUCCAGAGGCUAUUAUACCAAAUGGGUUUUCAUGUACAAGAUUGUUUUGGUCUUCGAUAGAACCGUGGAGAAUAGUUCGAUAUCACAUUAAAACUGUGCUAUGUAAUAAAAACGUACCUCAGUCUCCCGACUGUGGAAAAAACAUGACAGUAGAUCAUAGUCAAGAAAGGCAUGUAGUCGAGGAAAAACUAAAUGAAAUUUCCAAAUGGAGACAUGAAAUUAAAACAAAUGACACAAAGAAUCUGAAAGAUAACUCAAAAUUAUCUUUUAAAAUUAAUCAGAAGAAAUUUUCCAAAUUUAAAAGACGAAUUCCGUACCGCAAGUAUCAGAAUAAGCGAAAGUGUCAUUCACUUGAUGAUAAAAUUGUUUAUCAGGUUGUCAAUUACAUGUUAGACAUAGUGAGCAGUAAAGAUGUUGAUGAGAAUUCACUUCAUGACUCACAAAAUGCAGCUGAUCUUUUGCCUCCUGAACUAAAAGAAGCUAUCUUUGAAGAUCUGCCUCACGACCUUAUAGAUGGCAUUUCAAUGCAGGAUAUAUUACCUAAGCUGAUGAUAUAUGAAGAAAUGGGAGCUAUGGAGAAAAGUGAUGGAUUUUAUGGGAACGAUCCAUCAGUGACAGAAAAAGAAAUUAGUAGUACAGAUGAGGCUAGUCUCGUAAAUAGUCACCAUAUGGGAAACGCCAAAAAAACUGGUUUUCUAGAAGUGAGUGUGCAAGAUCAAGAUGAUUUGUGCCACAAGAGCACUCUUUCAAAGCAAAAGUCUGCAGAGAAUGCUGGUUUGAGUAAAAAUAAAGUAAAACGAACUAAGAGAAUGAAAAUGAGAAGAACAAAGCAAAAUAAUGUUGUCGACAUUACAUCUGAUGAACCUCCUAAAAGACGGAAACGAGCGUGUAGUACGACAUGGAAUUGUAAACCUGAUAGCAACUACUCUUCAGCAUACAAAAGACGGAAACUAUCUCACACCGUUGGAAGGAGUGUGUGUGAAAAUCCGUUUGUUGUUGUUGUUGAUUCAGAUGCCUCACAUACUUUGCAGGAAUUGCGCUUGCCAGAAUGCGUUCACGUAACACUUUCAAGAUCACCGCCGUCGGGUGUUUCAUCUACUGCAACUGAGUCACCUGCAGAACUCAAGUGCGGAGUCGAUGAGGAGUCGCCGUCGGACAGCAGUAAGGGGAAAGUCACACUCACAAAGGAAGAAGGGAAGGAAAACAAAUUCCUACCUUGGAACGGCCGCCCACAAACACGAUUCCUCCAGUUAGAUGGUACUGUCGAUCCCUUAAGUAGCAGUGGCAGUGAAGGUGGUCGAUCUCCUCGUUCUGAUGAUGAAAAGCUGUCAGACUGUGCUUACGAAGCAAGUUCCUCAUCACUGAGAAGUUGUGGCCAAUGUCAACGUUGCAGUUCAGAUUUUAAUUCUGGAAGUAAUUUUGGAGCUGUUUGUAACUGUAGCUCUAGCUCAAGCCAGGCGCACGGAAAGAGUUGGUACAAGACAUAUGAUACUGAAGAAGAGCCAGUGCGCUGCACUCAGUGUCGCUGUACCUACAGGACAAAGAAAAGUUUUGAGCGCCAUUUGUCAACAUGCUGCAAUGAUUUUAUGCUUUCGACAAGUGAAAGUGAUUCAGAAAAUACACGCUCUAGUGAGGAAGAAUGCACCAAAAAGCAGCAGUUUGAUACAACUGAAUCUUGUUGUAAUGUAGGUGAAAGUGUUCUGGGAGAGACUGAUGCCACAGAUUUGUCUAUGCGGAGUGAAAGUGUUGAGUGCUCUGCUACACCACCUCAGAACUCACCUGUACUUGAAAGACUGAAAUCCAAGUCAUCCUCGAAGUUUGAAGUUGAGAGUAAUGUGGUCGAGGGGGCGAGUACCCAUACGUCGAUUGUAGAUACUGAUCCGCAUUAUCAACAGCAUCUGUGUCAGGGUAACAGCUAUAUCCAGGUUCAGUCGAGUCAACAUUCUAAUGCACCAGCAGUAAUAAUGCAGCAGGUACCAUCUCCGAGCGUUGUUCCUACAUUUAUUGAAGCUUUCCAGCAACAAACAGGACAGAGCUUACAGCUGGUUGCAACUAUUGAUACACAUAGUAAUGGGUAUAACAAACAACAGUUUGUCAGUGCAAAUCCUUUAGUCUCAGGAAAUUACCCUGUUCAGGCACCAGAGAGUUUUGUAAGGCUUCCCUUAAUGCCAAAUGUCCAGUCACCAGCUCCACAUUCUGCAUUUCUUGGGACAGUACUUCCUCCCACACAGCAAAAUGCGGUUCAUUGUGUUUCUGCAGAGCAGACAAUGAUUGGUUGUACGCCAUCUUUAGACAUGUAUGGGACACAGCCAGGAGGAAUGUAUUUAGCUGGACAGCCUAUGUAUAUUUCAAAUUACGAGACAGUAGUCAGUAAUACAGUUAUGUCUUCAAGCCAACUUGUCUCUGCUGCGCUACCUGGUGUGGUUGCUGCGAGUAGCAGUUUUUCGGCAACUACGACACAAGUGUUUCAGGCUAGCAAAUUAGGAUCUGUAAUUGAAUUAACAUUAGAACCUGUUGUGGAAGUCCAGCCAAGUUACCUUAUUAUUAACCAACAAACUCCUAUUUCAAAUUCUCCUGUUAGAAAUACAGAGUAUGUAAACUGCCCACCUUCGACUGUCAGCAUGCAAGUGCCUUCGUAUGAUCACUCUUUCUUGCCAGUUCAACAAGUGUGCACAGAAGAUCAAGCUGUUCAGUACCCUGAAUCAUCUAGCACGUGUACAUCAGUUACGUUAAAGACAGUUAUGAGAAGUGAGAAUCGCAGGCGAACAAUCCCUGAAGUGACAAAGAUUGUGACACCCAAAUGUGCGAGCACCAGUGUUGAUGUGGCCCCCGAAAUGUCUAGUGUUGUGACUCCUAGGUGUGUGAACAGUGGUGGGCAUACGUAUUUUGAAAUGUCAAAGGUCAUGACACCCAGAUGCGUGAGCAAUAAUGGUAACCCGAAUUCUGAAUUUCCAAAGAUCAUGACGCCUAGACGUGUGAGCAGUAGUGUUGGCACAGAUCAUGAAUUUCCAAAGAUCAUGACACCUAGACGUGUGAGCAGUAGUGCUAGCACAGAUCAUGAAUUUCCAAAGGUCAUGACACCUAGAUGUGUGAGCAGUAGUGUUAGCACAGAUCAUGAAUUUCCAAAGAUCAUGGCACCUAGAUGUGUGGGCAGUAGUGUUAGCAUAAAUCCUGAAUUUCCAAAGAUCAUAACACCUAAAUGUGUGAGCACUGGUGUGAACACAUCCUUUGAUAUGUCAAACGAUACAAAACCUGAAUUUCCAAAGAUCAUGACACCGAGAUGUGCUAGCACGAAACCUGAAUUUCCAAAGAUCAUGACACCAAGAUGUGUUAGCACAAAUUCUGAAUUUCCGAAGAUCAUUACACCUAGACGUGUGACCAACUUCGGUAACGCCGAUUCUGAAUUUCCGAACGAUUCUGAAUUUCCGAAGAUCAUUACACCUAGACGAGUGAGCAAGUUUGUUAACGCUGAUUCUGACUUUCCGAAGAUCAUGACGCCCAGACGUGUGAGCAACUUUGUUAACGCUGAUUCUGACUUUCCGAAGAUCAUGACGCCCAGACGUGUGAGCAACUUUGGUAACGCUGAAUCUGAAUUUCCGAUCGAUCCUGAGUUUCCGAAGAUAAUGACACCCAGGCGCGUAAGCACUGGUGUCAACACGCCCUAUGAUAAAACAAAGAUCAUGAAUCCUAGACUUGGUGUCCACACACGUUUUGAAAUGGCAAGGAUUAUAACACCUAGGUGUGUGACCAGUGGUGUUAACACGAGUCCUCCUGCGUCACCUGUCAGAAAUGCUUGUGACAAAUGUUCAGGCAAGUCACAGUCUGACCGUGAGGACUGCCUUAUCCAAGCAGAGCAGCAGCUGUCUGAAAACAGUGGACAUCAGAUAUUCUGCACAUGUCUGCAAUCUAAUACCACUAUCCUUACAAAGCGUGCAGAAUCAGUGUCAACAAGAAAGAAAAACCAAAUUUGCUGUUCAUGCGUGUAUUGCUAUGCAUUUGAUGUUUGUUGUGCAUGUAAGAAGCGCUGUGAGGCAGCAAUAGGAGGACAAGUGCUGACGCAUGUAGUAACGGAAGACGGGGCUGUCAGUUUGAAUCAAAAAUCUUCGGAUAUUCCAGCACAUCUGACAAAUAAUCCUAGCGAAUUGUGGGUAAUCGAUAGAGAACCUGACCACAGUGUAGAAGUUAGCACAGAAUAUAAUGAACCAAAAUGUCUUUCUAAUUUGCCGAAUCGAGCAAUUAGCUAUAACCACAAUCCUUCCUCUAAAGAUCAACAUUGCAAUAAUGAUACGUCCACUUUCAAUACAUCAGCACCUACAGUCAUCAGUAGACGCCCUGGACACAAAGUAACAGAAUCUCCCUGCAGGAGGGAAACACUGUCACAUGGAAAAUACAAAAGAUUGGCUACUAGACAAACCAGUCCAGUUAACGAUAAUUCAGUUGAAGAGCCAGAUAAAGAAGGGAACGGCAGGUCAGUGUUACACAUUACUGACGCAAUCCCACCCUCUAAAACAGUUGUAAACAGACAUAAUAAUAUCAAAGUUAAAGCUAGUAAUUUAUCUGACAAAUUGUCUUCAUCAAAACCUAUUUUGCAAAAGCAGGGAAAGUUCAGUACAUCUCUAACAAAUGAUGAAAGCCGUAUUUUGAAACUGCAGAAUGUUAAGUAUGUUGAUGUCACAGAAAGUGAUACCUUUGCAGAAGCUGUACUUGUGAACAGAGGUGAGGAGGAGGAGGAUGUAGAGUGUACCUCUGGAAUCAGCUUGGACCGUUCUCCAAAAAGAAAGCCUUCAUCAGAAUGUAACACUUCUGUCAGCAGCCCACAAUAUGAUGAACAGAAUGUGGCACGACUGCACACUCAGACAAAUUGUCCAGAAGAGAGGAAAUCCUUUUUCACAUGCAACACUGUUCCACAAGUAAAUGCUGAUGUGUCUGUAUAUAGCAGUGACACUGAAAAAGAAAGAGCAGCAUCUCCAUUGACAAAAGGUGACUGUGAUGGCAGUAGCUGUGGCGGCGGCGGCAGCAGUGGUGGCGGCGGUGGCAGAAGUGCUACCAAUAACAGGGGCAACUAUAUGGAUGUCAGUGAUGAAGAUAAUGCUGGUGAUGCUUAUAGCAGAUUUGGACCUCCAAGUGACUGUAAUAUUAGUGGCAGUACCGAGAAAGACAGUAGGCCAGAUAUACGUGAUUUGACUACUGAAAAGAAUGUCGAUGACACUGGUACUACCGGUUACAAUGAUGAAGAGGAUGACGAUACUGAAUGUUGUGAAGAUGACGACGAGGAGGAAGAGGAAGAAAAUGGUGACAAUGAUUGUGACGAAGGUGACGAGGAUGAGAAUGAAGAUGAUAGCGGUGACGAGGAUGAUAAUGGUGGUGAUGACAGUAGGGACACGUCUCUAGUAUACUGUAAUGGAGAAAAUUCUGAAGAAAAAUCAUCUUAUAUUAUGUAUGAAAUCUGUUCUCAAGAUGGUUUUUGCUGCACUUCAAAAUCGUUUAGUGAGGCAUGGCAGAAAGUGUUUGACGCUGUUCAGAAUGCUCGAAUUGUGAACAAAAUGCCACCACUACCACAGAAUCCAUUUAGUUUGACGCAGAAAAGUUUACAGAUUCUCGGCUUGAAGCAUAAUGCUGUUAGAUAUCUUGUUGAACAAUUACCAGGAGUUGGUCGAUGUGUAAAAUACAAACCUCGUUACCACAAACAACGGACAUCACGACCAGAGGAUGACUUGGACACUUUGCCACCUCCUAAUAAAAGUGGAUGCAUUAGAACUGAACCUUUUAAAUCUCGAAGACCUUAUGACAUGUUCAGUUGGCUGGCCUCCAGCCACAGGAACCCUCCGAAAUUUGUUCAACAAAAUGACAGCGAGUUAAUGAGUAACAGGCGUGCAACGAGCUCCAACCUGCCAAUGGCUAUGCGUUUCCGGCAUUUGAAAGGAACAAAUCCAAACAAAGCUGUUGGUGUUUACCAGUCGCAUAUUCAUGGAAGAGGACUGUUUUGUCUGAGAGAUAUUGAAUCUGGUGAGAUGGUUAUAGAGUAUGCAGGUGAAGUCAUUCGUUCAACUCUUACAGACAAGAGAGAGAAAUUGUAUGAAUCGAAAGGCAUCGGUUGCUACAUGUUUAGAAUUGAUGAUCAGUUAGUGGUGGAUGCUACUAUGCGUGGCAAUGCAGCGAGGUUCAUCAAUCAUUCCUGUGAUCCCAACUGCUAUUCUCGGGUGGUGGACAUACUGGGGAAGAAACAUAUUUUAAUAUUUGCACUUCGUAGGAUUCCACAAGGAGAAGAACUGACAUAUGAUUACAAAUUUCCUUUUGAGGAUGUAAAAAUACCAUGUACCUGUGGUUCACGAAAGUGCCGCAAAUAUCUAAACUGAAAUUCUCGUUUUGUGUAUAUGUAGAUAUGUGUGUGUGUGUGUGUGUGUGUGUGUGUGUGUGUGUGUGUGUUUGCUCUCGCGCUCACCCGUGCAUCAAUAUGAGCGUGUGGCUUGAAGACGAGAACAAAUCUCAUAACAAUUUUUCAUGUGCAAGGUGUUUGUAAAAGUGGUGACCAAAUAUACUCUUGUGAUAAAAAUUAUUGUAAAAGUGUAGUUCUUAAAGUAUUAUAUUUUAAAAUAUGAACUUUCAAGUGUGUUGUUGGAGGAAAUUUUUGGAAUAUUUUUGAGCUGUGAAAUGUGAUAGAUAUCCAAUGUGACAUUCAUUUUCAGUUCUUUGUUUAAUUUUCCUGUGGUUUUUUAAGUAACUGUAUUCUGAUAUAUAAUUUUGUAUGUUCUGUGUUAAUUGUGAUACUUGUGUAUGUCUGAGUUCCAGUGCAUGUGGGUAUGAACAUAAGUUUUAUUGCCCAGGCUGAAAACUUUGCAUGAACAGGGCAAAUUAUGUCAGACCUCUCCAUAUUUUUAUUUUGCUAAUGCAUUUUCCUGUUAGUCUGUGAGUCAUCAUAUGUGAUUAAAUAAAAGAAGGGACACUGAAAAUUGCUUUUGUGGCAAAUUGAAGAAAUAACCAAAGAUUUCAUGUUGUAUUCAGUCCUGCUCUUAGUAAUAUGUUAUGGUGAUAAUUGUACAUUCAGCCAGGAUGCAUAUUACUGUAAUUGUAUAUGUGUGAGUCAUGUAAACAGCAAAAUGUGUUUUAUAAAUAAUUGUAAGUUUUGACUGCUUUGUUUUUAAAACAACUGUUUAAUUUUGAGAGACUCAAGCCUUUCUGGCAAUGGCUGGGUGGCUACAUGAGGGCUAAUAGCAUAUUUGAAAUAAUUGUCUGUGUUGGAAUUUGACAAAAAAAAUCAUUGUAGACACUGUGUCUCCCCUCUUUGCAAUAUGCCUAAAUGGAAAGUGAGCCACGAGUAUUAGUCAGAAAUAGUAAUUUAAACUGUGAGUUACUGACACAUCAGUAUUUUGAGGAACAGGAUCUGCAGCAGUUGCAUAUUAAUGUAUGUUGACUUCAAUAUAAUUUUAUCAGAAUGUAUUGCCAUCUUUACUAAUGUUUUUUAAUUAAUGGGACAUCUUGACUGAUUGUAGAUGAAAAAUGCCAAUGCAGCUUGUGUGAUUUAUUUCAUAGUAAGUUAUUAAUUUUAAGCACAUGUGCUGUAUCUGUAACUGGCUGAACAGCUGCCUUAAAACCAUUUAUCAGACACUAAAUAAAUUCUUAAAUUCUGUGCUGUGAUAUUCCGCAGUCCUUUACAUAUGGUAAUGAUUGUGUAGCUUUAGUUUACCUUAAAAAUAGGGAAGACAUAUACCUUCUUGAUAUUAUGUUGCAUCUGCUUUGGCGGAAGUGGUACCAUAGUGGGAGAAUAGCAUGCUAACUCUAAUGUGAGAGCAACUACCAGUCCAGUUUGCAAAUGUGACUGGUGCCUGUAAUCACUUAGAAUGAUAUCCCUGCACUGUUUGUGUGUUGGGUGCCUGUAUCUGAGAAGCAUGACUGCAUCCUGCUUUGAGAUAUCUGAAUUUGUGGAAUGUGGGUGACAUUUGGAUUCUCGUGAAGUUAAAGCUUGCAUAACGCAUGGCUUUUGUACCAUUACACAUUGCAUUCGCAGUAUUGUAUAUAACAGCUGACAGAAAAGUUUAAGUGUGUUUAUUGUCAGUGUUACUUAAAUACAUCUACUUGAUUUCGAUGUCACAGUACCAGCUAACUAUAAAUAGAGACUGAGAUAGAAUGGAAUGUUCUGGUGAGCAUUGAAAAAGUCCCCAUUUCUUGUAUCAUUGCAGAACAGUAAACACCCCAGCAGCUUCACAUUCAAUCUUUCGUGUUCAGGUGAUAAAGAAGUAUAUGAAGUAUUUGAGCUCAAUGUGAGUAAUUCACAAGUGUACUAUAUCCAACAGAUGAGAGAGAGAGAGAGAGAGAGAGAGAGAGAGAGAGAGAGAGAGAGAGAGUACAUUUAGCGACUGUAAGAAUGCUCAAGCGAAUGUCAGCAACGUGAGGAUUUUUUAAUAUAUAAAUUAAUCACGAAGUUGCAGCAUGUUGACUUUAUUGGGUAAAUCCUCCAUAAAAACUUCACUAAUCUAUUGGUGGAAGCAACCAUGCCCUGAAGUGAAGUUGUUUAUGGUCAGAAUUUUUUAACUUUGCCAAAAGUAUUGAUUAAUACACUGGUUGUGUAAAUUUUAGUGUGUCUUAGAUUAUUUUCACUUGAGUUAUGAAAAAAUGAUACAAAGCAGUUUGUUCAAAAUGGAAUACAUGAAUGAAAGAGUUGCAUCUAUACUGGUAGGGCAUGAAAUUGCUGAAUCUAGAGACUUUCUGGCUGUACCAAUCACUGAAAGGGAUAUGAACUAAACAAAUUUGUUCCCCUUUCUUAUGCCACACUGUCCAGACUUACUUAUUUACAUAAUUGAAAUUGAAUUCCUGUAAUGAGUCUUCUUAUUGACAUUUACUGUAUGGAGCAUGGAUAUAUAAAACAAUUAGACAUAAGACUACCUAUUCGGGUAAUCUAAGUUUCAUUUGUGGUAUGUAAUGGAAUGCUGUAAUAUGGGAUAUGGUUUAUCCUCUAAAUUAGCUAUAAAUAGGAAGUGAAUAUUUGAAAGAUGGGAAUGUAGGUCAUUGACAAUUGUACAUUUUCUAGAAAAAAGGUUUGUGUGUGUGUGGGGGGGGGGGGGGGGGGGUUUGAAAGCAUUGGUUUCCUGCACAACUGGGUGCCCCAACUGAUGUGCAUGUAGAUAGCUUGUUGAUUAUUUUAAGUUAUUGAACAGUGUUUCAUCGCUCUCUCUCUCUCUCUCUCUCUCUCUCUCUCUCUCUCUCUCUCUCUCUCUCUCUCUCUCUCACACACACACACACACACACACACACACACACACACACACACACAAUCAUUCACUCACUCUUCUGUCCCAUGACACUGAUGAGUAGUUGUACUGCUCAGCUACCAGGAACAAAUAAUUUCCGAAAGCCUAUUGUAAAGAGUUAUGAUUUUUCAAGAGCAGUAAAUAAGUGAAUGAAGUGUUAGUUUUCCUAAAAUAUAAAUAAGUGUUACACUCUUUAAGCUAAAUUAAAUUGUAUAUGAAAACUGUAUGAACACUAGUAAUCAAUCAUGCCUGCAAAAUUCUUCACUUUCCUACUGACAUUUACGUGUUGUAGAAUAUGUUCGACAACUCUGCAGCUUUUGUUGGCUAUCCAUUACUCUGAAAUAUGUGUGGAAACACAUGUAAAAGAUAAACUGUUUGAUGAAAUAGAACACGAGACAGAUUACAAACAGACGUUGGUCAUUAUGCCACAUAUUAUUUCUGUUUCCAUGCUGUAGAACAGUUACACACAAGUGUACAAAAGCUAUUGUAUCUCACCCAUGUAUCUUGUGCUGCAUUGUAUGAAUGUGAAAACAUUUACUCCGAUUGCAAAACUCCAUCAAAUAUAGUCGGAGACACAGUGAUCAGACACAAGGAACUGAAUCCAUAAACAACCAGUUGUAUGUUCACUUUGAGAGAGUAUCUGUACUAGAAACUUAUCAGUAGCCUAGUCUUGAGAAAUAAGACGAAAGAGUACUUCCAAGCAAAUUUAAUUUGCAGUGGAAAUGUUGAGGAACAAUAAUUAUUAUGUGAAUAUCAUUAUUUAUUUUGUUCAUUUGUAUUUUGUUGCAAAACUCUUCUGCUUAUAGGGUGUAAUUCUGGUACUACCCACUGUCUUUGAUGACAGAAAGUUGGCAGUUAAAAUUUGAUUGUUUUCUGUAAUGAUUCUCCAAGGAAUAGUACUGGUUCCGAUUCUGAUGAAUCAUUAUCAAAACGUACUUUCCUCCAAGAGUGAUUAAAUAGGGGUGAUGUAAGUCUGUCUACUUACCACUGCAGUUCUUGAACUAUACAGUAAUUAAAUCAUAUGGAAAUAAGACCUAGCAUGAUGUUGUAAAGAAUCAUCCCUGUUAGGCUAAGAGUCAUUGAUUCAUUACACAUAAUUCAUUUGUAUAUUCUCCAAGAUCGUAUGGAAUGUGUCGGCUUCAUUGCAUGAAGAACCGAUAUGAAUAGAUGACAAUAUCAAAACGUUCAUGACGAACUCAAAUAUGUGCUCCUAAUUACGGCAAGAAGAAGUUACAAAAAUGUGCGCUAGAAAUAUCAGGUAUUACUGUUUCUCUGGUAAAAGAAUAUUAAUACAAAUAUAAAGGUCAGUGUGGAUGAUAUGGAGAAACCAUUGAAAUAUGCAGGCAAAGCAGUUGGUGCAUUACAUGUCACUAUCUGAAAUAUACCCUCUUUUUUAAAAUAAUAAUAAAAACAGGUUUUUUUAAAAAAAAUUAUUAAUAUUUAAAACAUCAGGGAUUGAUUGCCAGAUUAGAAAAGUAUUUUGGUAUUAUUAUAUAUUUUGCUAAUAAAUAUGUCACUUUUUAUAUGUUUCUGGCAUCACUACAAACUUUUUAAAAACCAGUUUAAAUUUAAUGUUCAGUGUCUUAUAAUUCAUGUGAUAAAACGCGCGCACGCACGCACGCACGCACGCACACACACACACACACACACACACACACACACACACACACACACACACACACACACCUUUGUUUAAAUUAUUUGUUUAUUAUUUAUACCUGAUUUAAGUCUUAGAAGAACUUUUAGUAAGUCAUUAUUUCAUAUCAUGUUGGCUAACUGUAUACAUAUGGUUCUAAUGUUCCCUAUUUUCCGCUAAUUAAAUAUUGUUAACCUAUAAACUCACAACCUUCAAAUUUCGCUUCUCGUUUGUUUAAUUUUGUAAAUAUUGGCAAACACAGUAGUGAAUAUCAUUUGUCGCUGCAUACUUUUAAUAAGCAAUGUAUUUUACUGUAACAUUGGACCAAAUGAGAGUCAGUGUACUUCUUGUCAGGAUCCCUUGGCAAGGGUUUCUUUAUGAAAAAGAGAUUUCUGUUCUAUUAAGCUUUUUAUUGGUGCAGUUGAGUGCAUGAAAGUGGGUUCAUCCUUGAAUGAGAGUCUGCAUUUAUUAUGAAAUGUUCUUAAUUGAAAGCUAUUGAAAUUUAUUACUGGGAAGCAGGAGCCUAUCAUUUUCUCAAUAGAGGAGAAGAGAAUGAGUGUCAAAUAUGUGUAAUUUCUUUAUUGACUGCUGAAUGUAGCGGUGUAUCUCAAAAAUACCUGUAACACUUUCAGAAAACGCUUUGAACAUGUUGUAGUCAAAAACUGACCACCAGAUUGUAUGAGCUCUUCUGCAUUUUAAUAGUUCAGUAUCAUAUGGUGGAAUAAGAUUUGUCUCUUAAUCCUUGGAUAUUUCCUCAAAUGGCACACUUCAAAAGCCAUAUUAUCAAUGCAGAAUUUAAGAAGUCCUCCCCUUCCUCUUCCCAAACAUCACAGCAAGUUGGGUGCCAGUUUUACAAAUACCCUGUAUUAAAAAAUUGUGUAAAUAAAUUGUCUGUUAUAUUCAGACUGUUAUUGUAUGUUAUGUUUUUUAAAAAAAUAAAUGUUAAUUGCAAUA